AUGUUCUGUUCGUUUCAAUUAAAGGGGUUACUUAUGUUGCUGAAAAGUCAUUUCACGCAAUUCACAAAAGACAUUCUCUGAUUUACCAAUGAUACUAACUGUUUACUUCUGAAGCUUCAGCCACCAGUGGAGAUCAAUAGAACUUAAUUUGUGCCUCUCAAAGCACUGGAAAAAUACAAUGGAAAAAAAACAGCAACUUGUCCUUUUAUAAACAUUAUCGUUUAUUAAGAAAAAAUACAGAACAUUUGCUGGUUUCAUAAAUAUGGAAUAUCUUUGGCUUUUAGUCUGUUACAAGGGAGCAGGCAGUUCAUCAGUGAGCCCUACAUCAUGUAUUCAUGAACCGACUAAAAAGUUAACAGUCUACUCAAAACUUCCUUAGGCUACUUCAUAAUUAGAUCCAUACAAACUUCUCUGUGCAAGAGGAUUUUCACUAUGUAAAGCAACAGAUGGUGUUAUGUUUUCAUUAUGUCACCAUUGCUUGAUCUUGUUUCACUUGUUUUCUGCAGCACUUUUUCCUCUGAUGGGGUUUUGUCUUUGUUUAGUUCAUUGGUUUUGGCUUUUAAAGAAAAAUUAAACAGGCAGCCUGCCGUAGAUUUACACAGACAGUGAAAACUACGUGUUAAGAGGUAUUUAAGUUAUGUUUUGAGUAACUUUCUGCAUAACAGGCAUUAAUCCCAGACCUUGUCUUCUGUAGUUUACCGCUAACUUUCACUGUGAAACAAACGACAUUGAAAGUGGCCAUAUUAAACACUAGCAUGUGAUACAGACAGUGGCCUCAAACUUCCUUUCAUCUAUGGUAUCAAACAGGUUAAGCUUUGUUGUACAACUAAUCAUAGAACAUAUUUCCCCACUACAGUUUUUGAACCUAGUUUCAUAAACAAAAAAAGCACAAUCCAUCUUACAGUAUGUUACAGCAUGUAUCUGGGUUUAUCCUUCAAAGUGCCACUUACUCCAUAUGUGAUAAAACAUCUAUUGUGAAGUGGCUAUGUGAGUGGUGAAAAAAAGGUAUCGGUGAGUUUGGGUUAUGCAGGUCACGAGCAGUGGCCUCAUUGGGCAUUAGAGGUGGUAUGAGCCAGGGGGGCAGAAGUGCCCUUUAUGGGUGGCAGACUUGUAGGUCCAAAGGUGUCUGGCUCUCUGCCCAGACAUGCCAUGUGGGAUUCAGAUGGCAGGGUGGAAUGAAAGGAGAGGGGCGCACACCGCUCUCUAGCUGCUUCUAAGAGGAACACGAACAGCAAUUUUGUCCACCUACUCUCCUUUUUUUUGGUUUUUCGGUUGCCACCAUACCAGCACAGAGCAUUGUAAACCCACUACCAGGACGACUGAGGCUUCUUUCCUUUCUCACUGCUUUCUCAGGAUGUGAAAGAGACCACCAGUGACAUCAGAGAGCCCGUUCUGGUCUAAUGAAAUCUCCAGAUGCCAGCAGUCACCACAACCACUUAGUGACUAGUCAGGUUUGAUUUUGUUCUGCUAAUGUGCUGUGACAUUUUUUGCAUCUGCAGGAUUGAGUUGAUCUUGCUUGGAUGUUGAUAUGUCAAGGCACAUUAUCAUAAUGAAAUAAUCAAACUGAAAGCAGCCAGUGGAGAAAACAAUUUUGCCCUUGUCUCUGUUGUUGUCAUUGCUCCGAUUCUGUAAACCAAGAGCACGAUCCUCUUAGUCCUUGUCGUGGGAAAGACUGAAAUUACAUCGCUCUCAUGGUGGACUAUUUUGAGCUCCCAAAGAGAGUGGCAGAGGGCAGACGGCAGGUUCUGGUGACUCGUUUGUACUUAGUGCAGGAGAAUCCCUCUCGUCCCAGUACGUCUGCAGCCUUCAUCUUUUACUGCUCAAGUGCUUUGCGAUCUUAACGGGGAGAGGAGUGGAAGAAUGCUGUGCACUACAUCGCUAGAUCUGGAGCCUGAUGACAACAACACAUCAUUCUACAUCCUAAACGUGGGCCAGCCCCAGUCUGUUGUCACCAACCACCAGUCUAUUGCCCUGCCUCGUCAUGGCAUGCAGUCCCACUCCCAGGUGAUCAGCACUUCCCCACGCUUUCAGUCACACAAACCAGGAUCUGAACCUCUGAGUUACGAGGCACAAGACUCCAAAUAUGGCACCUCCCCCCUGCUACCUUCUGCGCCUGUCGAGGCACCGAAGGCCUUUGAGUGCCCCAGCAUCCAGAUCACCUCUAUUUCCCCUAGCUGCCAGCAGGAGAUGGAUGCCAAUGAGGAGGAUCUCAGGGCCAAUGGCCCUGAUGGGGACUACCGUGGUGAUAGGCCCUUGUCCAGAGACCACCUAUAUUUGCCCCUGGACCACUCAUACCGGGACUCCUCACUGAGCCCUAGCCCAUGCAGUAGCCUCUCGUCUAGGAGCUGGUUCUCUGAUGCCUCCUCCUGUGAGUCAUUCUCACAUGUCUAUGACGAUGUUGACUCUGAGUUAAAUGAAGCGGCUGCCCGGUUCACCCUUGGCUCUCCACUCACCUCCCCAGGCUGUGCCUCCCCUCAGACCAGUGGUGGAGUUUUAGACGAGCAGCCCCACUGGCAGCACCACCACCCUGCCUUUGUGCACCACUCCCACUCCAUCAGCCUGUCACCCCGACAGUCCCCUUGCCACUCGCCACGCACCAGUGUAACUGAUGAAAACUGGCUUAGCCCACGGCCUCCUUCAAGGCCCUCCUCACGUCCCACCUCACCUUGUGGGAAGAGGCGCCACUCUAGCGCCGACAUCUGCUACCCUGGCUCAUUGUCUCCUCACCACUCACCCACACCCACACCUGGACCUUCACCUAGGGGCAGUGUGACAGAGGACACCUGGGCUGGCAGUCCUUCUCUAGGCAUGUCACCCUUUCAGUGCUGUCCAUCUGAGGCAGACAUCCCAUCCAAGACAAGGAAGACCUCACAGGACAGAACAGCUAUACAGACUGGGAAAGGGGAGCUGGGCCUAGAUGACCAAGGAAAUAUGUCUCCUAACCUAGACUCUCCUUCAGAUGAGACCCUUCACAGCCUGAAGAAGGAUGGGCCUGGGGAACAGUUCCUCUCAGUGCCCUCUCACUUCUCAUGGAAUAAACCCAAGCCCGGUCAUACACCUAUUUUCAGGACCUCCUCACUGCCGCCUCUAGAUUGGCCACUGCCAAGCCAGUUUGGCCAGUAUGAUCUGAAGAUAGAAGUGCAACCCAAAGCUCACCACCGGGCGCACUAUGAGACUGAGGGCAGCCGAGGAGCUGUCAAAGCUGCAUCUGGUGGCCACCCCAUCGUCAAGCUCAUUGGCUACAGCGAGAAGCCUGUCAACCUACAGAUGUUCAUCGGAACAGCAGACGACCGUUACUUGAGGCCACAUGCCUUCUACCAGGUGCACAGGAUCACCGGGAAAACCGUAGCCACAGCCAGCCAAGAAAUUAUGGUCUCCAGCACCAAAGUUCUCGAAAUUCCUCUCCUUCCAGAAAACAACAUGUCAGCCAGUAUCGACUGCGCUGGCAUCCUCAAGCUGCGGAACUCAGACAUUGAACUGCGGAAGGGGGAGACGGAUAUAGGAAGAAAGAACACACGGGUCCGUGUGGUGUUCAGAGUGCACAUCCCUCAACCCAACGGGAAGGUGCUGUCGCUGCAGGCUGCCUCUAUUCCUGUGGAGUGCUCCCAGCGCUCAGCUCAAGAGCUGCCCCAGGUUGAGAAAUCCAGCCUGACCAGCUGCCUGGUCAGCGGGGGAGAAGAGAUGGUCAUCACCGGCUCCAACUUCUUCCCAGAGUCCAAGGUCAUCUUCCUGGAGAAAGGCCCUGAUGGACGACCACAGUGGGAAGUUGAAGCUAAAAUAAUCCGUGAGAAGUCUCAAGGUUCGUGCGUCGUGGUGGAGGUGCCUCCCUACCACAGCAAGACUGUGAGCUCAGCUGUGCAGGUGCAGUUUUAUGUGUGCAAUGGCAAGCGGAAAAGGAGCCAAUCACAACGCUUCACUUACCUUUCAGUCAUGGUGAAACAGGAGCACAGAGAUGAGCUGGACCUUCCUGUAGUACCCCCUAUGUCCAUGCCCCUGGCACAUGCUGCCAGUCUGGUGCGCACCCAGCUGCCUUCUCCUGAGCAGGGCCACCCAUCGGACAACCUUCUGUCCAGCUCCCCUCACGGCCUGGCCUCAGGCUCCGGACCUGGCCUGCUACCUCUGCAGGCCCCCUGCCCCCCCCUGGGAUCCCCGUCUUUCCAGCACCUGCCUCACCUCCAGGGCCGCAGUUUGCAGCACCCUGCUGCAGACUGCCACAUGACGUUCCAUCCAGGGUCUGCUCCUGCUCCUUCCCAGCCUUCGUUCCAGCCUAUGCAGCAUAGCCACAGUCACGGUCCUAGCUUAUCCUUCAACGGCCAGUCCAGCCUUCCUCCUCAGGGCUAUGAGAGGAUGCCCUUUCAGCACAGCCCCAGUGCAGCGUCUCACCCGAUGGGCAUGGGAAUGGUGUAUCCUUCCUCCCCUUGCUCCUCGCCAUCAGCGCCCUCCUCUUCAACUACCAACCCCAUUGCUGGGUCUCCCCAGAGUCAGCAAGCCCUGCUCAACCCCUCAUCCCCACACCUCCACACACUCGGAGGCUAUCACUGCUCCCCAAAUCCCACCCAGGUCCCCUCUCCCGGUGGACACCCCCUUGUGGGGCAGCAGCUACAGAGGGCUAUGGGCUACCACCCAGUAAGUCAAAGGUCAGCUUCAUGCCCCACACCUUCCAGUGCUCCUCCUCCACGGAUGAUCCCCUCUGCACACUCUGGGCCUUCCUCCCCUCAGCUCCACUCACUUCCCUACCAAUCUCCCACCUCGUCCUCUCCCACCUCUGGUGGCAGUCCUCUGGGUCCCCUGCAACAGCAGCAUUCAGGACAGCUUUCUCCUCAGGCUACAAGCCCAGUCAUGGCCAGUCUGUCCCCGGCAGCAGGGCAUCUGGUUCAUCCUCUAAGCCCACAGGGACCCUUCCCUUCGGACGGGGAGAGACUGAGCAUCAAACAGGAGCCAGAAGACAGGGAACCCACGUUCCGCUCCAUUGGUCUGCAGGACAUCACACUGGAUGAUGUGAAUGAAAUCAUCGGCAGAGACAUGUCCCAGUCCCCCAGCGCUCAUGGUCCUCCAUCGGCACACAGCCAGUCAUAGCUCAGCCACCUCUCAUCCCCUGUAGCUCUAAGCCCUGCAAACCCAAACCACAGCUCCAACACUGACCCCGGUCCUGGUCCAGCUGCUGGUCCUGCGUGUGACUGGACGAGAGGGCAAGAUGCGAAAAGAAAUACUGUGGUCAAAGACAGACCGUGGUUGGAGAUUCUGUUCAAGCUUCAUGGACCUUCUAGACCACCAGCUUGACAAGAAAACCCUAUCAUCAGUCUAGUCCUGCUUCAUUUCUAAUUCCACUAUUUUUUUUCUGUCAGUUAGAGAUACAGCUACAGAACUCACACCUUCACUCAGAUUAAAGAGAAAGAUGGGCAGGAGAAUGUGGAGUUACACCAAGGUUGUAAUGUUUGGAGAGCAAUGGGGAUUAGUGAGAUUGUCAGGAGGGUCUCCUUUGGCCUGACCUUUCAAAGCACAGCUGUCUUCCUGACCAAUUAGCUCUCUGUGAGUUCAGAGCACUCACUUUUUCAAAAAAACUUUGGGUAGUGGAGACAACACAGCAGCUCAUGUUGUUUUCCCCCUUUUCACCAGCAUUGACCUUCAUGAAUGAAGAUGUCUCUUGUUGGAAUAAGAGAGACUCAGGAGUUCAUGUUUUUCUCACAGAAGGCCAGAACUCAGGCAACGUUUUUUAUAAACUUGGAUACUUAAGUUCCCAGGACGCUACAAAACAUGGCGGGUUUGCCAUGUUGUAGCUGGUGAUUUUAAACUUUGGAAUUUUGAGGAAAAAAAAUAAAAGAAAAAAAUGACCUAUUAUCAGCUAUAAAAUUUGAUAAUCAAAUUUGAAACAAAGUGGCCUGAAUAAUCAGUAUUUCAGUUAUUCGUUUAAAAAAAUAAUAAUAAAAUUAAAAAAAAUCUGAAUAUGUGGCUGAACUUUUCCUCUCUGGUCCCAGUUUUUGACUCGUGGCUUAGCGAUGAGGACACUGUCCACUUCUCCCUUUGACUAAAAGAUAAAACCAUUCAGGUCCGAAGUGCCGGGGCCCAGCAGGGGGGACGAGCUCCUCUGUUUCCUGACUAGGAUCUGCAACCUGCAACAUUCCGCAACUUUUAGUAAAUUUGCAACUGUCUAGAUAGCUGUACUCUUCUGUUUCAUCUUUACGUGCUCUCCUUCUGUGUUUCAAGUUGAACAAAUGCCUUAUUAACACUUAGCAGCUUUGAAUGGUAGCGAAAGCUUUUUUGUUGUUUUGCACAGCUGGCUUUGAGUUUGACUGUAAAACUUUAUUGGAAAACAGAUGUGCGACUUGGAUCACGUGCAUAUGAUUUGAUGAAUCCUGAUGAAGGGAUGGUGUCGAGAUAUUUUAAGAUGCCCGUUAUUUCCACAUAAGUGUUUUCCUGAAUCCACAGAGGCAGAUCUCUCUGCCUCUGAAAAUUUCUUAGAAAUGCAAUAAAUCCCCAGUCUCCCAGGGGCCCUUGUGUGCCUUCCAAUCCCUAACAGCCACCAUACCUGCGAUGGUAUUGGCUUAGUCAACAUAUAAUGGGAAAUAACCUGACAAAAGUUUUGAAAGUAUUUUAUAUUUAAAGAUGUUUAUGUAUUGCUUUUAUGUAUCGUUCCCCCUUCUGUUUUGAACAAGGUAAAAUCCCAACGACAGAACAACAUCUGGAUGUAUCAGGGUCUUACACAUCUGCAGUUUGCAACAAUCAAUAUUUGCUGUUCACAAUCAGAGACUUAGUUGUCUUCAAAAUGGUGUCUAUUCACAAUGAUGAAUUUGUUUAUAUUUCUUACAGAAAUACAGUGCCUGUAUGGCAGCAAUAACACAGACUGGUGGAAAGAGUGUUUUCAGGCAGGAUUUUCAGUCAGAUGCGACGUGGACGUGAACAGACACAGAUUCUGAUGUGAAGAUUGCCGUUGGCUUCUUUUGCCUUUGAGCUUUGACAAUGACGCUCCUGCAUGUGAGAGCUGAGGAGUGUUGCUUCAGACAGUUUUAAGUCAAUUUCCAGAUGAAAAUGAUUCUGCUAUGCAUUAAACUUCUGCCUAAUGCCUUUAAAAAUGAGAAAAAGAAAGACAAAAAAGACCUUGAUGCCUAUAGAAUUAGAUUGUAGACUGUCGAUUCUCGAUAGAUUCUGUUAGCAGCCCAGAGUUGUCUGUCGGCCAGCAUGCCUUGUCAAGGACAUAGUGCAAGCAUCUUCAUAGGUUCAGUCGUGUGUGUGUGUGUGUGUGUGUGUGAGAGAGAGAGAGAGAGAGAGAGAGAGAGAUUGUUUUGUGGCUUGUUGGUGUUUGUACCAAAUAUGCUGUACAGAAGACAGGAAUUUCAAGGGUCCUAUAUUUCAACAACGGAAGCACACACAUGUAUUUAGGCUAUGCAAACUACAACAGCAGCAAAUGUGAGAUAUGACGUUAAAUAUGAAAAUGAAAUUAUGAACUAUUUGUAAUAAUGUUGCUUAUGAAGUUCACAGAGCAGAAAGAAAGAAAACAUUACAGAUAGUGAGAGUAUCAUGUCACUAUGUAAACUAUUAGGAUGCCUUAACUCUUGUUUGAAAACCAGUUUGGCAGUGUGUCUGUAUGCUGUUCUGGAUUGACUUUUUUCCAUGACUAAGACGUAAGUCAGUAACUAUUAUUAUUCAUUUUUGUUGUUUGUUGGGGGGCACAGUGUGGACACUGAGGGGAGAUGGCUUUCUUGCAUAUAAAGCUGGUUCUGCAGCUUGGAAGACUUGAGUCAACACAAAAAGCAAAGCAAACCAGCGCUGACAGUAAACUCUGGCUGCCGUCCUCUUCUGUCACAACCAAAGACCGAACAAUAUGUUCCCGUUUUACAUUAUGGUAAAGCAAAGAGACUGUACAACUCUAUUUUUGAUACUUUGAAAAGGAUGUCAUUCCUAAAAGGUUGGGGAGCGUAAUAUAUAUAUGUGUAUAUAUAUACAUAUAUAUAUGUAUAUAUAUACUAUAUAUAUAGUUUUGUAAAAUAAAAGGGAAAUACAGGUUUAGCUGAUGUUUACUGAGCCUUGUAUUGUCAUUUCUUGUAUAUUUUGUAUGUUUAAAUUUUUUUGUAAUUUUUAAGACUGCAGUGCUUUUUGAAAUUAUUCAAAGGGAAUACCUUGCAUUAUACUGUAGGCUCUAAAGUAGUGUACAUCAAUAAAACUGAAAACUCAUCUAUGGC